CAAAAACAAAAAGAAAGAGAGAGAGAGAGAGUUUAAAUCCUGGCUUACUCUUUAUAAAAUUAGGAAUAAUAACAAAUUUGUGCUUAUAUAUAUAAACUAAAUUCAAGUGAUAAAUUCAUCAUUAUCGUCUACUUUGAUAUAUUUCUCGUGAAUCUUUUUCCUAAAGCUGCAUCACAUAAAAACCUCGACGUGAAUUCUUACGACCCUUUUUCAGUAUCUAUGCUUUGAAUCUCUCGAACGAUAUAUUGUUUUAGAUCUUCCAAGUACUCGAAACAAUGAUUUCUCGUUAUCUUACCGAGUUGUACCAAAAUAAUGUGAAAUCUAGUGGAGAAGAUGUGAUGAGUGCAAUGUUGCCUUUGAUUAAACUUCUCACGCUUACUCUUUUUGGACUUGUUAUUGCACAUCCCAAAAUUCAAAUCAUCCCUAAAGCAACGUUUAAGCUCCUGAGCAAACUUGUUUUUGCACUUUUUCUGCCAUGCCUAAUCUUUAGUGAACUUGGUGAAUCCAUGACACUUGAUAACUUAGUAUAUUGGUGGUUUAUUCCAGUUAAUGUGUUAAUCAGUACAGCUGUUGGUUGUAUUCUUGGGUACUUGGUGGUGAUUAUAUGUCGCCCGCCUCCGCAGUUGAAUAGGUUUACCAUUAUCAUGACUGCAUUUGGGAAUACUGGCAAUCUUCCUCUUGCUGUUGUUGGGUCUGUAUGUCAUACUUCAGAUAACCCUUUUGGACCUCAUUGUAACUCAAGAGGGGUUGCCUAUGUUUCCUUUGCCCAGUGGGUUUGUGUAAUUCUUGUUUACACCCUUGUUUAUCACAUGAUGGAGCCUCCAUUAGAGUAUUAUGAGAUAGUUGAAGAAGAAGGUGGGGAAAUUGAGGAAGAGUUGCCAGUGACUAAUAUCAGUAGGCCUCUCCUUGUUGAAGCCGAAUGGCCAGGCAUUGAGGAUAAGGAAACCGAGCAUUCCAAGACACCUUUUAUUGCAAGGAUUUUCAAAAGCAUCUCAAGUGUUUCACAGUCCACUCUUCCUGAUGUUGAAGUCGAUGGAGAAAGUGGUGAAAAAAGUCCAAGAUCUCUUAGGUGUUUGGCUGAGCCAAGAGUUGUCAGGAGAAUGAGAAUUGUUGUGGAACAAACUCCUAUAAAGCACAUACUUCAGCCCCCAACAAUUGCUUCUCUGUUGGCUAUCAUUAUUGGAUUGAUACCUCUGUUGAAAGGUUUUUUCUUUGGAUACGAUGCUCCACUAGGUUUCGUUACAAAUAGUUUAGAGAUUUUAGCUGCAGCAAUGGUUCCUUCCGUGAUGCUGAUUCUUGGGGGCAUGCUCGCAGAAGGUCCAAAUGAAUCCACACUUGGCCUUCGUACGACUAUUGGUAUAAGUGUGGCAAGGCUCCUAUUGCUCCCUAUAUUCGGGAUCGGAAUAGUGACAUUAGCUGAUAAGCUCAAUUUUCUGGUCGCCGGUGAUCGAAUGUACAGAUUUGUCCUCUUGAUGCAGUAUACAACACCAAGUGCUAUUUUACUGGGAGCAAUUGCCAGUCUGAGGGGAUACGCAGUUAAGGAGGCUUCGGCUCUCAUCUUCUGGCAGCAUCUGUUUGCGCUCUUCUCCCUUUCUCUAUAUAUUGUUAUCUACUUUAAGUUACUUACACAUAUGGUGUAAACAACUAAGAAGGAACCUUCUUCAUUGGAUGAUGUUGGUGAAUUGUUCUUGCCCCCCCUCCCUUUCUCCAAAGAGUCAAUUUUACUGAUUUUCAGUAUUGUAAGACUCAAAAAUUCUGAAAUACAUUGUUUGGAAAAUGCUGUACUAGCUGUGAAUACUUUCCAUUUUUAAGUAUGUUUGAUUUUGACA